AUAUUUUGCCUUUGGACUGUGAGGUUGUCUGCGGUCCGCGUUUUUCGUAAACGAUAAUCCGAUAACUCUCUCGCGAUAACAAUUGUAAUAAAAAAUAGCAAAUUAAUAAAUUAAAUGAUAGAAUAACAACUUACAACUUAAACGGAAGCGCGGAUAAUUGUGGUGAAUCGUUCUCAGCCCUCGGAAAAUAAAUUAACUUCAUUAAAUAUUGAUUAUUUGGUCAAUAGAGAAACAAAUUGUGCCUCUACAACACAUAGGUGCUUCACUGGCUAAAUUUGUUGCCGUUGGAAAAAGAGCAAGCCAGCCGAAAAAAAGACUGCCUUGAACGAACGGAAAUAUAGGUGAAAGUCACUGAUAACUCACACAUUUGCUGCUGCUCGGCAACGCAGCACUCACUCUUCAAGCUGGCCACCAAAACAGAUGCUUUAUUCGUAUUCAGCAAAGAUAUGAAUAAAGCGGGCAAACACAUACAGUCCGGGGCCAGCAAUGGCCCCAUAAUAGCACCAAAUUCACCACUGCUGCAUACGACGACGACGGCAAUGGGCUCAAUGGCCCAAAAAAAUGUGAUUACAUCUAUAAUGAGCUUUCUGCCAGAUAAUCGGCCAAUAACAUCGCUGCACAUUGUUGAGGAUUAUGAAAAGUGUCCAAAAAACUUCCAAUCCAUCCACCGUACUUAUGAUCAAGACUCGGAUGCAGAUUUAUGGCGUGAAAGUAAUUAUCUUUUUGGUCGCCAGACCACACGAUACAUAUGCAUCUCCAAGACUGAGGGACUGCCAGAAUAUGUUGUUGAAACGCUGAAGGUUAUUGCCGAAAAGAUUGCACCACCCAAAGAAUUUUCGCUAUUAUCACGUACGGCUGAUACAGAUCAAAAAGCCUGGCGUAAACGACAAAUUGCCUAUAAACUCUCGAAGAGAGGUACCGUCACACAUGCUGUAACCGACAUUAUAUUGUGUUCAAAAUUAAAAAUUGCUCCCGAAGGCUUUAAAUUGGCAGGUGAAAUAAAUGGAAUUUUAAUAUGUUACAAAACCGGUGCCAUACCAGCACGUUUGCCGCCUCCAGUACCCGGUUUGGGGGCACCACAAAAUAAUCAAACUAGUGCUGGCAGCAGUGAAGUGGAGAAGGCUUUAAAUCGUUUGAACUUAAAUAAUGGCAUACGAAAUCCCAAACAGCCCUUGCCGCCAGUGCCAAAUGCCGAGGAGCAUGACUAUGAAGAAAUUGUACAAUCGUAUCAAGUUAAUUCCCCGCUAAGACCCGCCCCCAGACCACCCACAGCUAGUACUUCUUCGGGUCAUAGCAUUGGAACUUUGGGUACUUACACCGAUGUUGAGGGUGUACCAUUUGUGAUUAAUCCCAUGUUGAAAUCAUCCAAACAAAAUGAACUAUCAACACUGCCACAGCUCAGCGAUUUUGUGAUUAAAAAAGAACUCGACUAUGAUUUUCAGCUGGAGAGACAGACCUUGUGUGCCAUGAAAUCAUCGGCUUCCAAAAAUCCUUUUUUUAAAUAAUAAGGCCCAGCCCUAAUUUUUAGUAGAUAAGAGAAAAAAUCUAUAGAAAUAGAAGAUAGAAACUCAUGUUUAGAGUUUAAAAUAGUUGUAGAAUAUUGACAUACAUAUGUAUUUAAAAUAUCAAAAAACAUACAUAUAUACUAUAUAAAUACACAAAGAUAUAUAUCCAUGUAUACCCAUAUUAUGUGUAGACAACUGCAAAUGUUUCUAAAUCCAUUGUAAAUUCCUUAAUUUUUAAAUUAAGCCUUUAAUUUAUAUUCUCAAUAUUUGCAAAUUUAUAUUGUUUUGAACUAACUUACACUCUUUUGUGAUAUUGUUCUUUAUUUUGUUUGAUUUUUGCCUAUUUUGCAAGAAAAUCUCAAAUUAUAACGGCCUUCACAAAACUUAAUGUAGAUUUCAAAUAGGUUUAUUUGACAGAUUUCCUUUAUUAAACUGUCAAAUAGAGCUAUUUCUAAUAUAUAUUAAAAUUUGUCGAUAAAGCCUAGUACUGACUUCCAGUUUUCGUCCGAACAACUGUCAAAACGCCCUAUAAUAAGGCUUUUGCGAAACGACUAAGACAUUUUCCAAAUAAGCAGUACUAAGUUCUUUUUAGGGAAUGAUUUCAACAUGUUGCUAGCAACAUUGUCAAAUUUCGUAGGUAUACAUGUAUAUUAAAUGCUACGAACUUAAUGCAUUUUGCUUGCUUAUAAUUAAUUACACUUACAUCUCCCGCGAAUCUUCCUUUGGUGGCCCUAUCUUGCAAGAACGUUGAUAUCGAAGAUCAGUUUAAAGAAAUUGCGGCAGCAUUUGUAAUGUUUAUGACUUGUUGUGCUGCCAAACAUGCUGCUGCUGCUAUUUCUGAAUCUAUCUUUUUAUGCUAAUGUUCUUUAAUACAAGUUAGUCGCCUAGUACUUAAAAACUUCCAAUAUUGCGUAAGUUUUAGUUUUUGGUUUGGUUGACAGUCAUAUGGUAACAAUGAUGUCAACCUACAACUGUUCACUAUCAAAACAACGCUUUACACAAAAAAAGUCAAACAAAUUAGUAACACUGUUGGAAACAUUAUUAAAUUUCACAAUAUUUAAUUGAUGUUUAGCACAAUUUUCCUCACAAUCGGAGUCAGUACAAGGCUUAAGGCUGUAUAUCUAUUUAUAGCUCUUGUGGGGUUUUUAAACAACAUACAUACCCAAGUUUUGUAUUUGAUAAACCAAAACAGUUAUUUUUUGUUAGCAACAUUUCAUAAUUCUCUAAAAUUUUUAAUUUAAUUAAUGUACAUACAUAUAUUUUAAGUUUAUUAUCCAUAUUUCUCAUGUAUCAUUAAGCGUGUAUACAUGCUGCUACAGCCAUCUUGAGAUUGUGUAGAACCUCACAUUUACAUAGAUAAGAGAAUACAGUCAAGUUUGGAAAACGACAGCCUUAGUGAAAAAUUUCUGGAAGGCUCAUGAAAUCUAGAUUUUCUCUAGACAUUUAAGGGAAAGUUUCAUGUAAUAAAUUUUUUUCACUUAAAGAAUGUGGAAUCACCAAGAAAAUCUUUAAACUUCUUUGCAUUUUCAAUAAGCGUUUUAGAAAUCUUUAGGUAGAAGUAAAACCUAGUCAAAAUUUUAUAUUAGGUUAGAGACGGAAAACCAGACUGCCAGGGACGGUACACUGAAUGUUUACGAUACUCAAAUUUGGUUAUCUGGUGUGGCUUCGAGCUCUGGAUCAGGAUUACCGUUGAGAAAUUUUUAAAAAGGCAGAAAAAGGGAAUUUUUUUUAAAAAAGUAUCACAAAAAACAAGAGGAUCACAAACAAUUUUACCCCCUCAACACCAUUUUCCAAAAUGCAAAUUAAGCAAAUUUUUUUGCAUAAUUAUGUUUAUGGAAUAACAUGAAACUAGUACACCACUUUGGGGGAAAGCCCUCACCCACAAAACCACAAAAUUGACAUGUAGCACUAUUCGGGCAAUGUCGGUGUCAAAUGAAGGAUAAUAGAGUUGAGUAUGAAUAGAAAGCUAUUAUAUAAAAAUGAAAGUGUUACGCUUUGUUUGUUUGUUCCGAAUAGGCCGAAAAACAGCUGAACCGUUUUUCAUGAAAAUUUCACAGUUGGCAGAGUUUAGCCCACUACUGAAAAAAGAUACUUCAUUUUGUGAUAUCCGCGAGGGAGGCGAACCCACCCAGUAGUUUAGGUUAGGUUAGGUUGAAAAGAGGGUGCAGAUAUUAAUCCGCCCCAUCCCACUAUGGACAUACACCUAAGCCAGUAAUCGGCUUGUUGUGCGUUCUAAAAACUAUAAAGUAACCUCUAAGAAGAAAAUUCUAAGUUAGGAAUUCCGCGCUACUUACAAAAUUCUUAGUUGUUUUCAACACUUAAUGUCUGGUAUUGUGUCUCCACCUAAGUGCCGGUAUCUGUUAGACACGAAAGCAGGACAAUGGCAAAGGAAAUGCUCCACCGUCUCAUCAUCUUUCCCGCAUGCCCUACACAUGCUAUCACUUGCCGCAGCGAUUUUACGAAAGUGAGCUCUUAGUCUUAUGUGUCCCGUUAUGAUACCAAUAGCUAUACUGACCUCCUUCUUACUUCCUUUCAGUAAUAGCCUCACCUUCUCACGAUCUGGAUCCCCCCAUAGGAUUUUCGCCAUCCUACCGACGGUUUCGCUGUUCCACAAUGUUGCAUGCGCAUUCGUCGCCCACUCUCUUAACUCGGACUGUGUCGACCCGAAAGGCUUCGGGUUAACCAAACUUAUACUGUCGUCUUGUCUUUACCGCCAAAUCGUCUGCCCCUUCAUUUCCCCUUACUCCGUUAUGGCUCGGCACCGAAACGAUGCGGAUAUUGACAAUCUGCUUCAACAAAGCUAUGCCCCGCUGGUCGUUACCUGAGAGAUAAUGCCAUGAAUUGUGAGGCACACUAAAGUCUCCUUCUUAUGUCGGGCUUGUUAGCCGGGCGAAGUGUCCCAACCCUAAAUGAUAUUAGAGAGUUAAAGAAGGUGCAGCGGAGCGGGCCAGGUUCGGCUAGUAUUUAAUAUAAUUGACUUAUACAGAAAAUUUUUACAAAAUGUAUAGGAAAUUUCCAAUAUUUUGUACCUAUAAAAAUUUUGUUUUUUUUUUGUUUCUAUAGAAAAUGUAAAAAAAAUUAUUUCUUAGGAAUUUUCGUUAUCACUUUGGAUACUAUAAAAUUUUUGUUUUUAUUCUUAUUAUAAAAUUUAAUUGUACAGAAAAUUUUUCAAAAUGUUAUGUCUAUUUUUAUUUAUUUAUAUAUAUUUUUUGCAUUGUUUUAUAUUAUUUGGAUAAUCCUUUGAACUUGCAUUAUUUUGUAGCUUUUGUUGAAACUAGCAAAUAAAUUUAUUUAAUAUCCCCCACUGCCUCUUCCCCCCUAAACAUUCUUAAGUGCAAAUAAUAACCUUUUCUAUAACCCGUGCCUUUCCCAUACCUUUUUUCUUUUAAAGAGCGUGUAUAGAAAGUCUUUUCUUCCACAAUAGUUAUUUAUUUGUUUGUAAUUCGUCAAGAAAAAAAGAAAAACAAUUCAAGCAAUUUAAUUACAACAAAUACAUUAUGAAAAUUAAAAAUACAAAAAGUCAAAUAACAAAGUAUGUGAUCGAUCCAAUAAAUUGUCAUAAACGUUUUAUUCUUAAAAUACGUAGAAUUAUUGCAAAAAACGAGUUGAAAUUAAAUAUCUUUAUAAAGUAGAACAUAGAACACACAGACACACAAUAUGCUAACAUUUAUGUAUUCAAAUUUGGUCAAAUAUCAGUAGAAAUUAAGAGAAACCAAAUCGUGGUAUUUAUUAGGGUAUCGAUCGAAAGAAUUAUAUUAAGGUAUUAGAAGUUGAGUUUCAGAUUCUCAUCAAAAUGUAAUUUAUUUUUAACUUAAAGCAAUGAUAUCUACAAAAAGAGCAGUACUAUUACUACUCAUUUAUUAAAAUUUAAAUAAAAAUAAUAUAAAAAUCA